AUGUGCUUUUCCUGCGGACGCCUCCGUUCGGUAGUCCUCACCUCCGCCUACGGGCGGAAGAACCGAACACCAAACAUUAUCUUUGCUCCCGCCUAUUUCAAGCUGACAGCCCUGACGCACUGGCGUUGCGGGAACAAUUUUCGUCUCUUGCGCAUCUCCGCGGAAACUGUGCGGGUUGGAGUCGCGCGCACUAUCUCCCACACACGACGCACACCCUAG